ACGGCACAAAGAAUUGAUUAAAACCCUAAAACCUCUGAGACUCGCUCGCUCUUUACUCUCUCUCUAUAAGCCCUACGCUUCUACUCAUAGCAGUUUUGUUUCUUCCACUACCCCAAAACUUUCACCUUCUGCAUCGGGGAGAGGGCCCUCAGAGCCCGUCUUCUCUUCUUUCAGUUCUGUUGUUAAGAACUUUUAACCUUCCGAAGAAAGCUGAUCUCGGCUUGAAUGGGGUUUUGAUUUUAAUUUCAGGGUCUGUAUGUUCAAUGGUUACUGCUCAAUCUCCGAAAGUGAACAGUUCUCUUCAGCUCCUGGAGUUGCCCACCAUGAAUGUUGGUGAUAGCAUGGUGACGAAGAAGCUGAAAAUAAAAAUUUCUUCCAAGGGGGUGCGGGCUGAAUCUGGGGGAGGCUCUGAGAUGAAUAUAAAGGUGAAACUACCUAUGCCAUCCGACUCUAAUAAACGUGGACCUGAGUUAGUGCUGGACAAUGAAAGAGAGAAAAGGCGGAAAAUGGAUCGGAAUGUAAAGCAACAAUGUGGUAACAUUCUGAAAGCCUUGAUGGCUCAUCCUAGUGGGUGGCCCUUCCUUGUACCAGUGGAUCCAGUCCAAUAUAAUAUUCCCGACUACUUCACUAUAAUUACAAGACCAAUGGAUUUGGGGACAGUCAAAGCUAAACUGGAUGGCAAUGUGUACUUCAAUGUUGAUGCAUUUGCUGCUGAUGUGAGGUUGACGUUUGCAAAUGCGAUGAAGUAUAAUCCUCCUAAUAAUGAUUUUCAUCUCAUGGCUAAGAGAUUAGAUAAUAUUUUUAAUCAGAGGUGGAAGCUGCUGGAAGGUAAGUGGAAAUCUGAGAGCAAAAAAUUCAUUCAGGAUUGUGUUUCAAGUGAUAAAGGAAAUGACUUUAAGAAUACAAGGGAGACUUCCUUUAAGAAAUCUGCACCUCAUGCUAAUGGUCUGAGCAAGAGGCUAAUGCCUUUGGAGGAGAAGCAAAAGCUGAAGAAAGAACUUGUUGAUUUACUUAGGGGAAAUGUAAUUAAGAAAAUGCAGAAUGCUCUCCAAAAGUUUGGGUUGGUGGGUCUUAAAGAAGAGAAGCUUAGCCUGGACCUGGAUAAGUAUGAUGAUAACACACUAUUGGAAUUGAAGAGGGUGGUUAGAGCUUAUUCCAAUUUAGCUACAGAAAAGGCAGAGCCCGCUAGUGUAAAACAAAGUGGUGGGCAUCUGUCGUCCCAGGAGACUCUUCAAAAAGAUAGUAGCACAGGUUUUAUUUGCUCUGCCAAUACCAAGCAACAAGCAAACACUGUUGCUUGCCACCUUCAAGGUGUUGAUACCCAUGCUCGUCCCAGGAAUUUUCCAACAGAAAGAAAGCUAGUACAAGAUCAUUCGGGUGUUCCUAAAAGGGACAGAGAGGUGACAAACUCAUUGGCAUCAGUUUCAUGCAGAGCUGAUCUGAACUCUCAUGGUGGUCUAGGAGUACUUUAUGAAGAAAACUCUUGUUCCAGUCCAAGUAGAUCAAUCUGUGCUUCCACUACUACAUAUGAUGAAGGCUGGGAUCCUCUUAUGAACAUUGAUCUGUCCCCGACUAAAGCACUACGGGCUGCAAUGCUGAAGAGCCGAUUUGCUGACACUAUUAUCAAAGCGAAACAGAAAUCUCUUCCAGUUGAUGGUGAUAAGGCUGAUCUGCAUAGUAUGCAGCAGGAAAGAGCCCAACUAGAAAAGCAGAAGCUUGAAGGUAAGAUGUUUUUUUUUUUAAUUUUUUUUAUAAUCGAAGGUAAGAUAGUUUAUGUUGUGUGAUUGAUUGAUUGACUUCUUAUGGUAGUAGCUCAAAUGGAAUUGGGAUAAUAAACUCCAGCAGUUUUAUCUAUAUAAAAAAACUAUUAAGUAAUUUCAACACACUCCAUCUCAAAAAGUAAUUUCGACACACUAACGUGGAAUCACAAUCUCUAUCUGGCUUGUUAUCAAUAUUGAUGCCAGAUAAAAUAGAGGAUUGCUUACUUAUGAAUCAAAACAAAAUUAUACAAGACAAAAGGAUAUUUUUUUUUUUUAAUGGCCAGCUGAUGCUUUAUGCACUAUCACCAUUUCUAGUCCUGCCAUGGAUUCUAGAAAGCUCUUAAUGUGAUGUUAAUUAAUCUUCUGGAGUGCCCUGUUUUAAAAUAGGCUAUAGUAGCUGAAUGGACAGAAGCUUCAAACUAUCUGAACCAAAAACAAGUUCUUUAAGGCGUGUAUCAAGUUUUUCCUGUUUGGUCUUGUAGUGUUUGAAUUUGAUUUAAAAACCGAUUCAAACCAAAGCAAGCUCAGGCUGAUUGGCUUUUUCCUUCUAGGUUUGUUUUUUCCUGGAUUGGUUUUUCUGAGUUUUAGCUUUGUUGCCUUCUCCUCUUUAUUAGCUAUGAGAUUUGGCGAAUUAAUGUGUAUUGGAAACUUUCAACAUAUUGCAUCGGUAUAUUAAAUGGAUAUCAGUAAUUUCAAACUAAAUUAGAUCUUAAGCAUAUCUUAUUUUUUAUCCUGAGCAAUCUGGAGCCAACCCUUAGGACCAACUACAGCCUCCAAAACUCGGAGAUGCUGGGCUGGCCUCUGUAUCCUUCUCCACUUAAUACUAGGCUUAGUUCGUUUGGCUAAGGGAUCGAACUUGUGACCUAAGCCUCAAAUCUCUCAACCUUUGCCAAGUGAGCUAAUAUCUAGAUUUAGCAUGUUUUCUGCAGAUAUAGAUAGUUUCAUAAACAACAAAUGUAGGUUUUUUUUCCAAAAAAUCUUUCUAGAGGGAAGAGAAACCUAAACUAAUGUUUAUCGUGCAAACUCAUAAUACAAAAGUAAUCUUAUAUACUAAAAUGUUUGUACUAAAGCUCUCAUUAGGAGUGGCAAACGGGCUGGUCGGGUCGGAUAUGGUUCGAGUCGAAAAUAGGU